AUGAAAGUCCAUUAUUUUAAUAUAUUAUUGUUUGCUCUUCCAUUAAAUAUAUUGGUAAGUUCCCCCAAAAAAAAUCCAUCCAUCACACAAAAAAGACCAACCAGGAGAUUAUUAUGCGAGUGCGAAUUGUAUGCACCUGCCAAUUAUGAUAGUGUCCCACAAAUGAAAGAAGUUAUGGAUAAUUUCAAUCGUCAAACACAACAGAGAUUUCAUGAAUAUGACGAACGUAUGGUCGAAAAACGAAUGCAAUGUAAAGAUAAAUGCGAUAAAGAAAUACAAAAAAUUAUUUUAAAAGACAAAUUAGAAAAACAAAUGAAACAAGAGUUAACCACAUUGGAAACAAAGAUAACCACUGACGAUAUACCUACAUGUAUUUGCGAAAAGUCGUUAGCAGAUAAAGUGGAAAAAGGGUGUUUGCGAUGUGGAGGUGUGUUUGGUGGUGGUGUGGCGCCAGGUGUUGGAUUAUUAGGAGGAAUUGGUCAACUUGGGCUAGAUGUUUGGAAAGCUGCGGCAAUUAAGGCCGCUACAGAAUAUGCCUUAACUGAGGGUGCUGCUAAGGGUUUGGCUGCAGGUAAUGCCCAUGGUAUGAAUAUAGUUAUUUAUCAUUUAAAAGAAUUGCUUAUAGAUAAAUUAGUUCCUAAUAUAUGCAAAACGGUUUCUAGUACAGGCGAUUAUACUCGUGUCAUAAAUUUUAGUAAACUUAUUAUUCAAAAACGUGGGGCGAUGUGUGGGGCGGAUGGGGGCACUCUUAGUAAGGAUAUGUGCACACAAAUUAAUAUUAAUUUAGGUACAGUGCUACGAAAUGGUAAAGCAAAUCUUCCAGACAAGGAGGCUGUACCAAAAGUGUUAAACAGACUUGUUUCACAAGCUGAUAAAGCUGCUAAUGAAGUCGCCAAGGAUACAAGUCAAAGUGUUGCUGUUAAAAUCACAGAACAACAAACCGCUGCGAUAAAUGCUACAUAUACUAGUUGGCAGAUUGCUAUAACAGCUUCUGUUAUUGCAAUUGUAGUAAUCGUUUUAAUUAUGGUAAUUAUUUAUUUAAUUUUACGUUAUCGACGAAAAAAAAAAAUGAAGAAAAAACUCCAAUAUAUAAAACUAUUAGAAGAAUAG